GCGCGUCACUUCGACCGGCGCUUGAAUUUGAAGUCGAGUGCGCUCGCUCCUGUUUUCAUCCAUCUCAAACCAGACCCUUGCAGCACAGACAUGGGCUCCAAUCAUGCCGAGGCAUUUCGCGAGGUCAACCCUGACCAGACAAGAGUUGUUGACUCUGCGAAGGUAUGGACGACGCUCAUCACAAACACUGAUUACCUUCCCGGCCUCCUCGCGCUAGACUACUCGCUCAAGCGCGCCGCGUCCAAAUACCCGCUGAUCGCACUCUACACCGACGCCUUCCCCGAGGCCGGUCACCGCGCUCUGGAUGCGCGCGGCAUUCCCAAGAAGCACAUUCCCUACCUGCUGCCAAACUCGCACAAGGACUACACCAAUGACCCCCGCUUCUACGAUUGCUGGAGCAAGCUUGCGCCAUUUAGCUUGGUCGAGUAUGAGCGCGUCGUCCAGCUGGACUCGGACAUGCUGGUAGUGAAAAACAUGGAUGAACUGAUGGAUUUGGAGCUGGACCCGGCGGAGAUGGAGGGCAAGGGCCAUCGCGUGUUUGCGGCAAGCCAUGCUUGCGUCUGCAACCCGAUGAAGAAGUCGCAUUAUCCCGCGGACUGGAUACCUGCCAAUUGCGCUUUUACCACGCAGCACUCGGAUCCGGAGAGGGCGCAAACCGAGGGCGCAUCGCCAACAGCCGGCCUUGGGAUGCCUAACGGCGGGCUCCAGGUCGUUAACCCAUCCGUAGCCAUUUACAGCCUCAUUUUGCAGGCGCUACGGUCGACGAGCACGGAGAAAUACGAUUUCGCCGACCAGUCGCUGCUGUCGGACCUGUUCCACGGGCGGUGGGUGGCGCUGCCGUACAUUUACAACGCGCUCAAGACGAUGCGGUGGAAGGGCUUGCAUGAUGGGAUUUGGCGGGACGAAUGCCUGAAGAACGUGCACUACCUGCUGUCGCCUAAGCCGUGGGAGGAGAGUAGGGAAGUGAGGGAAGGGCCGAGAGACGAGAGGGCGGAGAUUAAUCGGUGGUGGUGGGAGAUUAACGAGGCCCGGUGGAAGGGGGAGAGGGCGAGGGGAAUAGAUGACGGGUUUUGAUAUAUUUGUAGAGACGGGC